AUGAUGACUGGAUUUAAAUUGGUACUUUGCAUGAUGAUCGCUCAUUCUUAUUAUCUAACUUUUGUUCAAACUCGUAUAGUUAUCACGGUUGAUGCAUCGAGCUCUGAAGAAUCUCCUCCAGCAAAUGACGAAGUUUUUCAUUGUGUGGAUCGAAUGAGAAAUCAAGAUGAGUCUGAUAUUGAUUGUGGAGGUCUCGAGUGUCCAAGAUGUCAAGACUUAUUGCGUUGUACACCACGAAUAGAUACAACAACCACUACGAUCGUUACGACCACUCAAUCAACUACUCCUUCACCUAUAAGUACAACUACGACUAAGCCCAUCACUACGCACACGCUACCAACGACGUUAUUCACAAACACAACUUUAACAACUACAAGAGUAAUCUCAGAAACUUCAACGACUACCUCAAUCAUUCCAGAAUCGACUACACCCACCAGAUCAACCGAUUCAGAAUUGAGCACAAUAUCUGCUUCAAGUACUUUAGAGUCCAGUACUACAUCUGCUUCCAACGCUGCAGAGAAUAGCACCACGAUUAGCUCAACAAUUUCAGAGUUCACCACGACUACUUCAAUAGUACCAAUUACAAAUACAACUUUAAGAACGUUAGAGCCCACCUGGACAACUUCAACCUCAAUAUCAAUGUUACCAUCGGUAAAUACCAUUUUAACAACGCUGAUUGUACCAUUGGAAACACCGUCGAGGAACUCGGCUGUUACCCAUUUUAGCGCGUCGCACAGUUUCUCUAUUGCUCUAUGCAUAUACACGACAGUUUCCGUAUGUGUGCCUUGGUUUUUCGGUCUCAUAUGA